CUAAAUGUGGCACUGGGGGAUAAUCUUUGUGGAUGUAGCCUUUAUAUUUAGUAUCAUUGAGGUCUAAAAUAAUAAUCUUCUAUUAUCUCAACAGAGCAAAUUAUUGAAAAAGAUGAAGGUCCCUUUUAUACCCAUCUAGGAGCAGGUCCUAAUGUGGCAGCUAUUAGAGAAAUCAUGGAAGAAAGGUUUGGACAGAAGGGUAAAGCUAUUAGGAUUGAAAAAGUCGUCUAUACUGGUAAAGAAGGCAAAAGUUCUCAGGGAUGUCCAGUUGCCAAGUGGGUGAUCCGCAGGAGCUCGAAGGAGGAGAAGCUGCUGUGCCUGGUGCGGGAACGCUCGGGCCACACGUGCGAGUCGGCGGUGAUCGUGGUGCUGAUCCUGCUCUGGGAAGGGGUUCCGCUGCCCCUGGCCGACAAGCUCUACUCCGAGCUCAGGAACACACUGUGCAAGAACGGCACCCUCACCAACCGGCGCUGCGCCCUCAACGAGGAGAGAACGUGUGCUUGUCAGGGGCUGGACCCGGAGACCUGUGGCGCCUCCUUCUCUUUCGGCUGUUCGUGGAGCAUGUACUACAAUGGCUGUAAGUUUGCCAGAAGCAAGGUCCCAAGGAAGUUUAAGCUGGCUGGAGAUGACCCAAAAGAGGAAGAGAAAUUGGAGUCUCACUUGCAAAACCUGUCCACUUUUCUCGCACCAAUAUACAAGAAACUUGCCCCUGAUGCUUACAGUCAUCAGGUCGAGUUUGAACAAAGAGCCCUCGACUGCCGGCUGGGGCUGAAGGAAGGCCGCCCGUUCUCAGGGGUCACUGCGUGCUUGGACUUCUGCGCCCAUGCCCACAGGGACCUGCACAACAUGCAAAACGGCAGCACACUGGUGUGCACGCUCACGAGGGAAGACAAUCGAGAAUUCGGGGCAGUGCCCGAGGAUGAGCAGCUGCACGUGCUGCCCCUGUACAAAAUCUCCGACGUGGACGAGUUUGGGAGUGUGGAGGCUCAGGAGGAGAAAAAGCGGAGGGGCGCCAUCCAGGUGCUGAGCUCCUUCCGGCGCAAGGUCAGGAUGCUGGCAGAGCCAGCCAAGACCUGCAGACAGCGGAAGCUGGAGGCCAAGAAAGCGGCCGCGGAGAAGCUGUCCUCGCUGGACAACAGUGCCGUGAAGAUGGAGAAGGAGAAGGCGGCCACCAGGGCGAAGCAGGUGGAGACCGCCAGCCAGGCCAAGCAGUUGACAGGUAAGCGGGGUGUGUGUGUGUGCGCGCGCGUGUGUGCGCACGCUGUGGCGUGCGUGUGACCCUGAACAGUGUCACAUUUGGAAGGUUGUAUCAAUGGAGGUCUUAGCCAUACCAGAACCAGGUUCUGCUCUUGGAGAUAAUGUACCAUCCACCCCAGAUCGACAGAGCAGGCUGGGUUUUAUUCCAUAAUAAGUGAAGGGAAAGUGAUACGGUGAGACCAGUGUUAACCUGGCAGGGCGGGGCAUCCGUGUGGGAGGCACAAGAGCACUGGACAGGGGCAGUAACCAGACGGGCAAGACCUGGAACGUGGGUGGUGGCAGCAAAAAUGUAGCAAGAAUCAUGCAAGUAAACUGUUCCAAAAUACAAAAGUCAAACAGCGGCGAUAAAAUGAUGGGAUGAAGGAGCAAAGCUUAAAGAUGACUCCAAAGGUUUUAAACCUAGACAGCUAUAACAGUUCCAUUUAUCGAUGUAAGUUUGAAAAGGAUCAUUUCCUCAGAUGCACUGAGCCUGUCGUUUAGGAUCUGUUCUCUGAAUACGUCUCAUUGUGGCAAUGCAGCAGUACUGAUCAAAACUAAGCUCAUAUGUUCUUUCUGUACCCCCUGGCCUUAUGUCUACAGUUGGUACUAAAAAAUAGGAAUUUUGGAAAUUAACUACAAAAAUACGUCUCUCAAGUUCAUUGUUCCAGUUUGCUUAGAAGCAGCCACCUCUGCAUGGCAAAGCCACACUUCCCUGCCGCUCCAUUUCCAAGCUCAGUGAAACUGAGUUAUUUAGAAUAAGUCAAAGAUGCUGUUUGUUGAUUGCCUGCCUUCCAUGAAAAAAUCAAGCCCAUUCGAUCACUGCUGGCUCCUUUAGAUUGGCUGAAGUAGAACCCAACAGAACUCUGGUCUGGUCCCUUCCCACUGCUAUUUUCCUGCAGAUAUUUGCCAGUUUGGGUCUCAGAACCACCACUGCAGUCUCACUUAUUCAUUAUUAACUCGGGUGACUUCUUAUGUGUGCAGGUAGGAAACAGAAAUACGACUUUUAAAGUUUUGCUUACCAGGAUGAACGUUUCUUUUAAAGUAUUAUCCACAACUAUGUGAAUUUCCUUCCCGGAAAGCCUUGCCAUGAAGUAGGGUUUGCUAAGUAUAUUUAAUGGC